AUGUCUACCCCAAGUUCCACACCAGCUUCUCAAAGCACCAACACACAAACCCCUCUCCAAAUCGCCGAAGCCAAGAUGAAAGCUGCGGGCUCCAAACAACUAGAAAUCCGCUACAGAAACUGGGUACUAGCCCAGCCAAAGCUCAACGAGGUCAGACAGGACAUGAAAGACAUAUAUGAGCACAUGCGACCCCUCAUUACAAAAUACAACAAGGCAGUAGACGAGAAAGACGAAGCCAGCGCCAAGGAGGCAGGAAAAGAGAUCUAUCAUCUGGAACUUCACUUGGAUCAUUUGAAUCAACUGGUCAACGAAUCAAUCCCAGAGCAGAACUGGAAGGAGGAGUAUGAUGCUGACCAAGAGAUCUUGAAUGCAUUUGAGGAGAUAAGUGCUUUGAAGAAAUCUUCGACUUGA